AUGGACGAAGACUCGCCACCCCCACCUCCCCCCAACGAAGCAUCGCCGCCUCCCCCGCCUGUUGCGGUAUCUGGAUCUCCCACCGACUUUCUCAAGGGCGUCGUCGGGAAACGCGUGAUCGUGCGGCUGACCUCUGGCGUAGAUUACCGCGGCAUACUAUCAUGUCUCGACGGGUACAUGAACAUCGCGCUCGAGCAGACGGAGGAGCACGUCAACGGGUCAGUCACGAACCGGUACGGGGACGCCUUCAUCCGGGGCAACAACGUGCUGUACAUCUCUGCUGCCGAACCACUGUGAAAACGAAGGGACGCAAGCUCCGUGUUUGAUAUACACUUACUGCGGUCUGAGCCGUGUGCUCCUCGCGCCCUCGCUUUGCGCAUGUAAUUAUAGCAUGGCCACCUAUCCUCGGCUCUUC